CUUUCUUUCUUUCUUCUUUUUCUUUCUUUUUUGUGAGAACAUUUAAAUUCUAACUAUCUAGCAAAUGUCAGUUUUAUGAUGCAAUAUCACAGCCACAGUCACCGUAUUUCACAUUUGGCUUUCUAGUCGUGGGGGAUGCGAUGCUACCUCACCGGGAAUGGCCGUCUGAGUUGUCCCUUAUGCUUUCUCAGUGCCACGGCUUAUGGGAUGAGGAUGACAUCACCGACAGUGGCACAGACAAGGAAGAGUCGGAUGAUGAGCUGUCCCUCAGUCGUGGCAGGAGAGCCUCCUCUGAUUCUCUGAAAUCCAUCAACCUAGCCGCGUCAGCGGAGUCGGUGCACGUGUCCUUCCCGGAGCAGCCCACAGCCAUCCGGAGGAAGCGAUCGGGCAGUAGCUCCCAGAUAUCCCCCAGAUCCAGCUUUUCUUCCAAUAGGUCCAAAAGAGGCAGCACAAGCACCCGAAACAGCAGUCAAAAAGGAAGCAGUGUUUUGAGCAUCAAGCAGAAAAGUAAAAGGGAACUUUAUAUGGAAAAGCUUCAAGAACAUUUAAUCAAAGCAAAAGCAUUUACCAUAAAGAAGACUUUGCAAAUAUAUGUGCCCAUCAGACAGUUCUUCUACAACCUCAUCCAUCCAGACUACAGUGCUGUGACCGAUGUGUAUGUGCUCAUGUUCCUGGCUGACACUGUUGACUUUGUCAUCAUCGUCUUUGGCUUCUGGGCCUUUGGGGUAGGUUGGGGGGUGAAGGCCACCACACUUCUAACGAGUAAGAGUGAUGCUGUCCUGUGAAGUGCCACUUGUGCCUA